AUGUCAUCUACAUUGCUGACCGGAUUAGACGAUGGUAGUAGCAAAACCAAAGCGCUUACCGAAAAGGAUAUUGAUCUGCUAUUCGACCCAGAAAAUGUCAGUGGCUCUGGUACUAUCAUUGCGGCCACGGCGAAUGUCCUUACGCAGCUGUGCACCAUGAACGAUCAG